UACAAACAAAGGGAAGAUUCCAACAAUUUUAUUUUCAAUCCUCACUCCUCCAUGGCAUUUGCUUCUUCAAACUCUUGGAGAUAUGAUGUCUUUCCUAGUUUCAGAGGGGAAGACGUCCGUAAUAACUUCCUCAGCCACUUGCUCAAAGAAUUUGAAAGCAAAGGAUUAGUGACGUUCAGAGAUGAUCAUAUCGAAAGAAGCCACACGAUCAGUCCUGAGCUCAGAGCAGCCAUCAGAGAAUCUAAAAUCGCGGUAGUCUUGUUCUCAGAGAACUAUGCUUCUUCAAGCUGGUGUUUGGAUGAGCUGGUCGAGAUCUUGAAAUGUAAAGAAGAACAAGGACAAAAAGUGAUGCCGGUUUUCUACAAAGUGGAUCCAUCUGAUGUAAGAAAACAGACAGGAAAGUUUGGAAUGAGUUUCUUGGAAACUUGUUGUGGUAAGACGGAGGAGCAACAACAUCAAUGGAGGCAGGCGUUGACUCAUGCUGCCAAUAUUGUUGGAGAUCAUCCUCAAGAUUGGGACAAUGAAGCAUAUAUGAUCACAGAAAUAAUCAAGGAUGUAGUAAACAAAUUAUUAAAUGCAACGCCAUCAAAAUAUUACAAUGACUUGGUUGGAAUUGAAGCUCACAUUGCGAAGAUGGACUCGUUGUUAUGCCUUGAGUCUCAAGGAGUGAGGAUAAUAGGGAUAUGGGGUCCUGCUGGCGUUGGUAAGACUACCAUAGCUAGAGCUUUAUAUAACGAAUAUCAUGAAAACUUCAAACUUUCUAUAUUUAUGGAGAAUGUUAGAGAAAGUUAUAAUGGUGAAGCUGACCUUGAUGACUAUGGUUUGAAGCUGCGUUUACAACAAAGAUUUUUGUCCAAACUUCUUGAUCAUAAGGAUUUGAGAAUUCGUCAUUUAGGCGCCAUCGAAGAAAGGCUAAAGAACCAGAAAGUUCUAGUUAUUCUUGACGAUGUGGACAAUAUUGAGCAACUCAAAGCCUUGGCAAAGGAAACUCAAUGGUUUGGUAACGAGAGCAGAAUCAUCGUGACAACUCAAAACAAACAACUUUUGGUUUCACACGAAAUCAACCACAUGUACAAGGUGGCUUAUCCUUCAAAACAAGAAGCUCUUACUAUAUUUUGCCAGCAUGCUUUUAAUCAAAACUUCCCAUCAGAUCAUUUCAAGGGCCUCCUUGCAACUGAAUUUGUAGCUCUUGCUGGUCAUCUUCCGCUGGGUCUACGUGUUCUUGGUUCGUUUAUGCGUGGAAAGAGUAAGGAGGAGUGGGAGUUUUCCCUGCCUACGCUAAAAAAUCGACUUGAUGGAGAGAUAGAGAAAGUAUUAAAAGUCGGGUAUAAUGGCUUACAUAUAGAUGAUAAAGCUUUAUUUCUUCAUAUUGCUUGUCUUUUUAGCGGUCAUCACAAAAACUAUGUGAAAGAGAUGGUCAUAGCUAACAAUGACUCGGAUGUUAGUUUUGGACUUAAAGUCUUGGCUGAUAAAUCUCUCAUACAAAUAUAUGAGAAUGGUAUAGUCGAGAUGCACUCCUUACUUCGACAAUUGGGGAGAGAAGUUGUUCGAGAGCAAUCUAUGUACGAGCCAGGCAAACGUCAGUUCUUGAUGAAUGCUAGAGAUACAUGUGGCGUCCUUGCAAAGAAUACUGAAAGUUCUUUCUUUUUCUUUUAUUAGGCACCAAAGCAACAAUUCGAGAUUUUUUUUUUUUUUUUUUAAUUAAAAACUUGCAUCAACAUAUAUUUGUUAGAGAGUAAGCCAAUUUUUGAAUAUGAAGUGUAAAAUAUCAAAACUCUAGACGAUAGUUAUUUAUAGAACUAAAUAACAUAUCAUAUCCUACUAAAAAUCAUGAAAUUGUAAUAACAUAUUCAAAUUUAUGGUUAUGCUUAGACAUUGUUCCUAUAUAAAACUAUGUCUUUUUGAAACAUUUUUUGUUUUGUAGGGUACAGGAACUGUAUUAGGUAUAUCGUUAGAUAUGAGUGAGAUCAAAGAGGAGUUAUAUAUAAGUGAGAAAACUUUUGAGGAGAUGCGGAACCUCUUAUAUCUAAAAUUCUAUAUGAGUAGUCCUGUAGAUGAUAAAAUGAAAGUCAAGUUGUUGUUACCAGAAGGACUAAGCUAUCUACCACAAUUGAGGUUAUUACAGUGGGAUGCAUAUCCUCUCGAGUAUUUCCCUUCUCGCUUUCGACCCGAAUGUCUUGUCGAACUCAACAUGUCGCAUAGCAAGCUUAAGAAGCUAUGGAGCGGAGUUCAGCCGCUUAGAAAUCUCAGAAUAAUGAAUCUGUAUAACUCUCGGAAUCUGGAAGUCUUUCCAAAUCUUACGGAAGCAAUAAACUUGAACACAUUGGAUUUGGGUUGGUGUGAGUCUUUGGUGGAGCUUCCUUCAUCUAUAAAGAACCUUCAAAAUCUGAAUUGGUUAGAGAUGUCUUGUUGCAAAAAACUAGAGAUCGUCCCAACCAACAUCAACUUAGCAUCUCUAGAGUUCUUGCACCUAAGAUAUUGCACUCGAUUGAAGACCUUUCCAGAGAUAUCAACCAAUAUUCGUCUUCUCAAAAUAAAAGGCACUGCGAUCACUGAGGUGCCUCCACCAGUCGAAUAUUGGAGUAAAAUUGAAGAAAUUUGCAUGGAGAGGACUAAGGUGAAGAGAUUGGUUCACGUUCCUUAUGUUUUAGAAAGGCUAUGUUUGAGGGGAAAUAUAGAAUUGGAGUCUAUUCCAAGCUACCUCAGAUAUCUUCGUCGGCUGAACAUGAUUGACAUCUCCUACUGCAUCAAUAUUAUAUCCCUACCGGAGCUUCCAGGAUCAUUAUCUGCCUUAACAGCUGUCAACUGCAAGUCACUUCAAAGACUACAUGGCCACUUUCGAAACAGAAGCAUCACCAUGAAUUUCACUAACUGUUUAAAGCUAGAUCAGAGAGCACAAGAAAAGAUCCACCAGUCAAUUUACAUCAACCAGUCCACAUACAAAGUUGCUAUCUUACCUGGUGAACAAGUGCCUGCAUACUUCCCCUUUCAAAGUACGGGAAAUUCAAUAAUGAUCCAUUCAGAUAAGGUUGAUCUUUCAAAGUUCAAUAGAUUUAAGGUAUGCAUUGUGCUUGGAGCGGGGAAAGCUUUUCAAGGUUGUGAUAUAAAAUUCUACAAACAAUUGUCGUGUGAACCGAGAGAGUAUUACGUGCCAAAGCGUCUUGAUGCUCCAUUUCUUGAAAGUGAUCAUCUUUGCAUGUGCGAGUUUCGAUUACUGCCACCACAUCCUCCAACGCAACGGGAGCUUCGACGUCCAAUCAAAAUGAUGAUGGUUUCCUUUGAGAUUCGCAGCCCUAAUGGAUGCGAAGUAAAAGAAUGCGGUUUACAGUUCUUGGAGCCUCAUGAGACAUCGCAAUUUCGGUCUCUAUCAGCUCCUUAUUACUUUGGUAGUAGUUGGAUUGGUAGUGGUAGUAGUAGUAGUAGUAUUGAAGAAGUUAUGCAUGCAGACCAGGAGGAAACCAGUAGUGAUAUUGAAGAAACUAUCCAUGGAGAAAAAGAAGGAAUCCGGGGGAACAAAUCUGUUAGGAGAUGGAAUAAGGUUGGAGCAAAAAAAAUGAGGCUUAGCUUGGAAUGUCUACAGCCCUCUCUAGAAAAGGAUUCAACAUAAAAUAAGAUAAAGACUGUGAAAUACUACAA